CGCCGCGGCUGCCUCUUUCAUUCCCUUUUCAUUCAAGAUGGCGGGUGAUGAGUCUGGAACAACGCUCGGUCAGCCUCAUCUGGCAAAACAAGACCUUAGUUCUCUGGACGUGUCCAUCCUGACGCCUCUCUCUCCAGAGAUCAUCAGCAGACAGGCCACCAUCAACAUCGGCACCAUCGGUCACGUGGCCCACGGGAAGUCCACAGUAGUGAAAGCUAUUUCUGGUGUUCACACCGUCAGGUUCAAGAACGAGCUGGAGAGGAACAUCACCAUCAAGUUAGGAUAUGCAAACGCUAAGAUCUACAAGCUGGACGACCCCAGCUGUCCCAGACCCGAGUGUUUCCGGUCCUGUGGCAGCAGCACUCCUGAUGAGUUCCCCACAGACCUCCCUGGAACCAAAGGAAACUUCAAACUGGUCCGACACGUGUCCUUUGUGGACUGUCCCGGCCACGACAUUUUGAUGGCCACCAUGUUGAACGGAGCUGCAGUGAUGGACGCCGCCCUGCUGCUCAUCGCGGGGAACGAGUCGUGUCCUCAGCCUCAGACGUCAGAACAUCUGGCCGCCAUCGAGAUCAUGAAGCUGAAACACAUCCUGAUCCUCCAGAACAAGAUCGACCUGGUGAAGGAGAGCCAGGCCAAGGAGCAGUACGAGCAGAUCCUGGCCUUCGUGCAGGGCACCGUGGCUGAAGGCGCUCCCAUCAUUCCCAUCUCUGCGCAGCUGAAAUACAACAUUGAGGUGGUUUGUGAAUACAUUGUGAACAAGAUCCCCAUUCCCAUCAGAGACUUCACGUCUGAGCCCAGACUCAUCGUCAUCAGGUCUUUUGACGUGAACAAACCGGGCUGCGAGGUGGACGACCUGAAAGGGGGCGUGGCCGGAGGCAGCAUCCUGAAGGGCGUGUUGAAGGUGGGCCAGGAGCUGGAGGUCCGGCCCGGCAUCGUGUCCAAAGACCACGAAGGAAAGCUGAUGUGUAAACCCAUCUUCUCCAAGAUCGUGUCUCUGUUCGCCGAGCACAACGACCUGCAGUACGCUGCGCCUGGAGGCCUGAUCGGUGUGGGCACAAAGAUCGACCCGACUCUGUGCCGAGCGGAUCGGAUGGUGGGUCAGGUUCUGGGAGCGGUGGGAGCGCUGCCGGAGAUCUUCACAGAGCUGGAGAUCUCCUACUUCCUGCUCCGGAGGCUGCUGGGGGUCCGCACCGAAGGAGACAAGAAGGCCGCCAAGGUCCAGAAGCUGUCCAAGAACGAGGUUCUGAUGGUCAACAUCGGCUCGCUGUCCACGGGGGGCCGGGUCAGCGCCGUCAAGGCUGACCUGGCCAAGAUCGUUCUGACCAACCCGGUGUGCACCGAGGUGGGAGAGAAGAUCGCUCUGAGCCGCCGCGUGGAGAAACACUGGAGGCUCAUCGGCUGGGGACAGAUCCGCAGAGGCGUGACCAUCACUCCCACAGUGGACGACGACUGAGAACCGGACCAGAACCGCUCCACCAUCCCGCUCCUCUAGGAUCUUUUUUUUAAUGUUUCCGACCCAAAAGAAGGACAAGGACASAACAAGGACAUUUCACAGAUUCAGAGACGUCUCCUCCGUCUUCUGCAGAGGACGAAGACGAGGGUCCCAACAAUCCUCCUCACACCAGGGGUCCGGUCCCAGUAGAACCGGUCCAGGUGGAAUAAAAAUACAUUUAAACAAGAACUCCUGGUUUUAUUUCUUUUCAGAUUCUUGGAUGUUUUUCUGACAAAUAAAAGAAUAAAGAUCUGAAACAUGUUGAAGUUUUUAAAACCUCAGGAUGAAUUCAUGAUUCCAGCUUCAGCAAAUAAAUAAAAACUAAUAUUCAGAA